UUCCUUCUUGUUAUAGCGCGGAACUGAUGCCGACUUUAUAGUGCUAUCUUACUGAAUAAAGCUGAUGACACAUAGCUGGGCAUUUCACCUGGUCGCAUUAUACCGACAAUGUCGAUAGCUAUGAAGAAGUAGCAACUACCAUUUCUAUAGAGUUUGGUAUGUAUGUCUCGACCAGGCGAUAUAAUCCAAAGCUUUCAUCACAGGGUAUCAGUGGACAAUCAUUAUAUCAAACUCAUAGCCUCUGAUGGAAAAGACUUCAUUCCAGUUGAUGCGGAAUCAUUCAUUUUCAGUCCAGGAGAACGGUUUGAUUUUAUUUUAACUGCGAAUCGGUCUGUUGACAAUUAAUGGAUCCGUGCUGUUACUACAGGUUCAAAUGAGGCAAUUUUGAGGUAUAAAAAUGCGCCAUUGGUUGAACCCGUUACCUCAAGGAAAGAAUGCACACCGACUUCAAAAUGCUUUGUCGUUAACUGCCCAUUUUCAUAUUUCCCCCAGAAGGAUUACAUAACCUGUAACCGUUUUGCUGACAUGCGAAGACUAGGAAAUGAUCCUGCACCGUCCUCUAAUGGAAUUGAUUCUGUGUUUAAGGAAUAAUUUACGUUACUUGUGAAAAUGCUGGAUGUGGAGAAAAUAAACUUUGUAAGUGCAUGCAUUCAAUAUUAUUCAAUGAAAAUGAAAUCGUUCAGCUUUUACUCAAUAUGGGUAUAGGAAGAAGAAGAGCGCACCCUAUACAUCUCCAUGGUUAUUCGUACUACGUUGUCAUGAUGGGGUAUUCAACUUAUAACAAUGUGACAGAUGAAUUCAUCUCACAAAACACGGACAUUAACUGUCGUGGUGUUGGUGGCCAAAACCAAAGCUUCUGUAAUAAGGCUACGUGGAGCGAUCCAAGCUGGCUAGGAGGUAAUGUACCGGGUAUAGAGCUUCAACAUGCACCGCGGAAGGACACACUUUUGAUCCCCAGCGGAUCAUAUGCGGUGAUACGAAUAAAGGCCGGUUACUGGGGCGUGUGGCUGAUGCAUUGUCAAAUAGCUCCUCACUUUCAGGAUGGCAUGGGGUUAGUUUUGAAUGAUUCCUUCGCGUUGCAAUCAAAAUCAUCUCCGCCAAUCGGGUUUUCUCAGUGCAUGAGUUUUCCAUCGGCGUAUGAAACGAGGAAGGAUGGUGAAAUAGAAGAAAGGAAAGAUGCCGUAGUUGAUGAUGACCAGACAUCUGAAAACAACGUGUACAAAAUGGCCUUCUGGGUGAUGUUACCUGUGAUGAUGGUGCUGCUUCUGCUCAUAAUUGCCUACAUCGUAUAUCUUCGCAAACAAAACCUGACAAUCAUACAGGGAUCGGAUGCUGGAACGGAAAUGACAGUCAGGUUAUAAAUCAACCUUUUUUUGAUCAUGGCGUCCAUUUUGUUUUUCUUGCAUUGUCAUUCUAAGAAUUGCCCGAUGCACUUCUAACAGCAACUGAAACUAUUUGUGUGUUAACAGACGUACGUAUUGACAAAUGAAUAAUUGUAAAACAAAACAGAAUGAUAGGGUUUGUUGCCAAAUUCCAAAUUAAGGUUCACAAAAGAGACAAAAUCAGAGUAUUUUCGACUAAAUGUUCGUUCCUCCAAAUGUUAUAGAAAGGUGUUCAGGAGGAAAGCAUGACAGCAAGGGGUCUUGAAGGUGUUUGUUUUGGUGACAUUCCUGAUAUAUAACAUAAGUCACGUUUGUGGUAAUAGUUUAAGGCUUCAUUGUAUUUGUCUAACCUUUUCCGGUGAAUUAAUGUCUUUAACACUACUAGGAGUAUUCAUUUAUAUAUAUUAAAACUGAUGUUUA